AGAGACAGACUGAUUCUCAGCCAAGUUCAGUUACACGUCAGUAGGAAACCUGUACUGGUGAGUGGACGUGUACGUGCUCGUCAGCCGGUUCCCGGAUGCACCAAACAGAAACAUGGAGCGGGUGGUGGUGGAAGUGCCGAUCAACAACGGUUUUUCCAUCCCCUGCCCAUCCUCAACACCCCGUAAGCGCCAGGUGCGUUUCUCAGCACGGCAUGACAUCAUUCUUCUACGGGAAGUUAUUGCCCAGAACCCCUUUGCCUCCAAGGAGCCAGGACGAAUCUGGGCCCGGGUCGGGGAAAUCAUCACUGCCACCCUCCAGGAGGAAAACUUUGAGGUGGAUGCCAGGAGGUGCAGAGAGAGGACCAUGCUGCUGCUGGACUACUAUAAGAAACAAGACUUUCCCAGUCUGCGCAGGUUUGGAACAGAGAGGUUGUAUGCCCAGAAGGAGGAUCUGCUCCAUGAGGUUUUGGAGCUGGAGGCUGAAAAGGGGCUCCUGUCCAGUGGUGAGGGCACAAAAUACCAGGAUGAAGAACGAAGAAAUCAUGUCAUCGAGGAGCUGACACUGCCAGAACAGGACAAACCGGACAUCACGCAAAUCCCUCCUGCAGAAGUAGAAGAAGAGCGAGAGCAAAUGGCAGAGCUCUCAGCGGCGCCCACAGCCAAGCGGCCCUGUCAGUGUUGCUGCCAGACGUACUCAGAGAUUCUCAGCUUUCUGGAGAAACGCUCGGAGGCAGAGCAACGGCUGCGAGAGGAGGAGCUUUCCCUGCGCCGAGAAGAGCUGGAGAUUCAGAGGAACAUUCAGAUCUUUCAUUCUCAGGUAAGAUUUCUCUGGAGAGGGAGCGUCUGGAAGCUGAGAGGAAAGAAAGAGAACGCAGAUUUGAGCUCGAGAGCCGAGAGAGGCAGGUCAUCUUGGACCUGUUAAAAGAAAAGGUGCUGAAGGGCUGAAAACAAGAGCUUCCACCUGCAGCAUUUGUCAGUGGGGGGGUCAAAGGGCUGCUCCUAAGAGGAAGUAAACCAGCAAAACUGGAAGUGAGAAGAUCAAAGAGAAGUGACACGAAAUUUAAACUGUAGGGCGUUAAUGUGGGCUGGUAGUUGUCUUUGUUUAUAUUAACAGUUGGACAAAUAAGUGAAAUUGUGGGUGACACUAGUUAUUCACACAGGAGGUGUGUACAGUUACAGAAAGUCAUUAUUAUCUUAAAUGGAUACAAUUUUGUUUUCAUACAAUCAAUAUAGACUAAAUCUAUCGAGCUAAAGUAAAAUGUCUUGGAAAUUUUUGUAAAUGUAAUAAAAAAAGGAAAAACCAAGCAUUUUCCACUGACAUUCCCAGUCAUGUACAGCCACAACUCAGCCACAUGACCACCAUGUGGCCCACAGGGAAAUUACUGUAACCAAUGUCCUCAUAUUUGGACAACCUUUGACCCACAACACUUGCCGUAAUCCACGUCCACACUGACAACUGAUAGCUGAACCAUGAGGCCCUCAAGACGCUUCCUGUAACCCACAUCAAGGCUGACAACUGACUAUUGGACAACAAAUGGUGAACACAACACUUACUAGUACUGCAGCUGAGUCGCAAAUAACGUAAACAAACAGGUCUGCUCUCUGGGUUACCUCAAGUGUAAUGAAUGCUUGUUUUUGGUUGUGGUCGGAGAGACCGUCAGCACAGAUUCCAGGGUUGCACAUGGCUUACAACCAUCACUUUGUGACUGGUGAGUGAAUAAUUCUGCAAUGUAAAGUGCUUUGGGUCCAUAGAAAAGUGCUGUAUAAGUCUAAUUAAUUGAACAUUGCAUGGUGUUGAUGGACAUAUUUUCUUGGCACAUUAUCUCAAUUGCCAUCAAGUUAGAGGCAGUUUAUGACACAGCCCAGUCCAUCGCAGGGCCAACGCAAAGACAAACAUGUGCAUGGUGAAAACUCCACGCAGAGCAGCCUCAGCAUAACCUUCUCACUGUGAGCCGACACCGCUAACCACAAAACCACAGUUAGCAGGCAAGUAAGACUCCACAGAACUAAUCAAGACAUCAGUUACAAGUCUAUGUAAGAAAUGUAAAACUAAACCCAAACUCAGCCUGUUAACCCUGCUGCCAUUUUGUUUCCUUAACUCAAUCUUGUAUUUAUUUAUUGUGUAAGUAUAAUUGUUAUUGUUGUUAUCCAGCAUUAAGCUGACAUCACAGAGCAUUUCAACCUCAACACCCUCAGACCGAAGCUGGUUCACCUGAAGGAUAAAACAUCAAAACACAGCCUGAGUGAUGUUGUGCACAACCAGCCUAUAAAUACAUAGCACAGUUCAGGAGAACCAGAUCUGCAGGUCAGUCCGUAAACAUCUCUGUUAACCAGUAAAAAGCAUCUUUGAACAAAGGAGGUGUUUUCAGAUAUCAUACAAGUAGCAGGGAAUUUUCUCUCUGUGUGUUUUACGUUAUCUGGCUCAAAAACCGGCUCCCACAUGCUGUUGACCUCGACAUGAUAAGUUUUGGUGGAGGCUUAUUGAAGGAACUAAUUACAUAAUAGUGGCUCACAGAGUGGAAACGUACUGACACACAGGUACAGAGUGUAUUCAUCUCCAAAAGUACAUUGUGAAUAAUAAAUGCAUUGGAAGAAGAAAUAUGAGGUUCAGCUCUUCACUACCACGUCUAAACCUAACAAUCCAUUGAUCUUUAACUAUCAUGUGUUUUUAUUAUUUUCAAAAUUUCUUCUUUCUCCACCCUUGAAAGAAAAAAAAAAUAUUUACCUUGUCUCUCAUCCCAGUAGUUGUACCAACUUGAUCAAUUUUUGGCACUUACACCGCAAGACUGGGGCGUACAUUUAUAGAAAAUUUCUUGAACUGAUCCACUGUUUUUAUAAGUCAGUAACUUCAUUGUUUUCUUUCAUAAAAUAAUUUGGGAGAGAUGGUUUUACUUUGUCAGAGUUUACUGUGCUGUUUGCAUCACUUGUUCUAGUGACCACAGUUCUUCCUGUGGUGCAUCUACAGUCGCUUCAGGAUUUGCUGUUGCCUGAGCAUGGGAUCUGUGACGGCUUUCCAGUCCUGUUAUCACUAACGCUUCUCUCCGAAUGUACUGCUCCAGUUCAUCCACCCUCAGUUCAAGCAUGAUUGUGCAUGCAACUGUAUGAAAGUCUUCGAGUGUUUUUUUUUUUUUUUUUUGUUAUGUAGUCUC